AUUUUUUUUUUUAAUUUAGCCUAUAAAUAGGCUACUUCAAUAAUAAUUAUUUGAUAAUUACAAAUUUUUGUAUACAUAAUUUAUUUUUUUGAGAGAUCGCAACACAAGACAUAUUAUUUCCUAAUUUCCUGUUUUUGUUUGUUUAUUUCUGCAUGUACACCACAUGACUUUUGUGGGGGUUUUACCCCCAAACAUUAAUACUUUAAAAAAAAGUUCAAGAAAAUAAAAACAUGCUCAUAAAGCUCCUGCAAUAAAACAGGAGCAAAACAGUUCCAUAGUCAUACACUGAUUGUGACAUUAUACACUACAGCAACAUAAUACCCUAAUAUUGUGGUGGCAGCAAGUUCCCCAGAUAAUCUAAACGUUUAGGUAAUGUGGAAGUUGUUGAAGAUAUAUGCUCAGUUUAAAAUGGCAUAAUCUUGGUUUGAACACAGCCAUGCUUUAAUCACACACGACUGAUCUGACAAAUACUGGAGGUGCAAUUCAUAAGCUUUUACCUUGGCUGAUGUCAUUGCACCACUGGGAGACAUCAUAUCACACCAUGAGGUACAAGAUCAACAUCUCAACUCUGGGGUUACUCUGGGCAGUAACCCCCUGAGAUAUAAAAGUCACUAGUGCUGGAUUUCCUGAAGGAGGGCUACAGAAAGACUGCUAUGACUUUGUUUCGUGGGCCAACAUCUCAUUUUCUUUGAUUAUUUAACUUCCCUUUGAGCUUCGGCCAAAUGGACCAGUUACACAGAAUUCAGGCCACAUUUCAGUAGAAGGCAGUUUUGACCCCAGGUUUCUUCGUUCAAAUUUUGUACAUUUAUACUGUUAGGAAGUAGACUGUGUGUCUGAUGGGAGGGUUUGAAGGCAUCUAGGAUACAUGACCAUUUGCCCCUCAAGUGUUAGUGUUUUCUCCACUGAGACCGUUCAAAAAUCCCCCAAAAGACUCUGAUUCUCUUUGAUCCUUGGGAAAAUCAUGACUUAUUUAACCUUUGUUUAACAUCGUGCAGCAUGCAAUUUUGCUUCUGAAACUUUGUAAGAGAGCUUCAGUGUACAUGGACUGAUACCAUUAGUUAAAUGUGUGUGUGUGCGCCUCAAAAAAUUCUCUAAAACAUUAUAUUUCAAGUAAAUGCUUCUAAUUAUCAAAAAAAUCAGUAAAUAAUGUAUAAUGUAUAAUGGUUUACACAAAAGCAUUAAGCAGAAGAUCUUAGCAUUAAUGAUACUCUCAUACAGAGACUCAACAUAAGGUAUUCAGAAACAUUGCACCUAAAAUGAAUGAGUUUUAUUGCAUUAGAAAAUAUCAAGUGUUAAGUUUUUAGAACUAACUUUUCUGAGCCAUUUUUUUUUAAACUGUUAAAUUUUAGUAAAUAUAACCCCCCGGAGCCCUGCAGUUUAGAUUCAACCCUAACUAAACACACCCGAUCCAACUAAUCAAGUCCUUCAGGCUUAUUUGAAAACUUCAUGGUAUGCGUGUUGAAACUAAACUCUGCAGGGCUCCGGCCCUCCAGAAAUUGAGUUUGACACCCCUACUUUAAGGCUACUGGCCCAUCGACAGGCUGUUGUAGGCCUACACCUAUAACGUAAAUUGUUUGCGUCUAUCUUUUUUAUUAUCUAUUUACUUCCUGGGCCCAAUUGUAUUAUAUUUAACUGAAUUUUAGUUCAAACACAAAAUUGUCAUGAACUUCAGUUCAUUCAUAGUCGUAUGAAAACUAUUGUGAGUAACUUUAAUGUCUUAAAUCUUUGUGUGCACUUGAAUUGCCCUUCUAAGUGAUUUAACACAAGGGAUACAGAUGCAUAAGAAUAAGAAGGACUGAUACGUUACUUUGUAAAGCCAUCUCAUUAACUUCUCCUCGAGUAUCAAAUCCUCAGGCCUGUGCCAAGUGUAUGUCACCUGCCCAUGCAGUAGAAAACACUCUCAUUGGCUGGACUGAGGGGCGACGGGGAGGCACAGGUAGUUAAAAGGUAGUGAUCUGGAUGCAGUUUUCUCUUAAGAGAAGAGAACGGAGAGGUGUCACGCAAGUUCAACGACUAGCUACUUGUACAAUGCCCAAUAUUGUCCACCCGGUCAUCCUGCUGAUGGCCUUGCUGGUGGUAACAGCAGGGAAUCAAGCAUCACUACCCAAGACUACACCGUGGCCACGACUGAAACCCACUAAGAAACCUCCGCCUCGAGAUGAAGGGGGUCCUCCACAGCCACCCGGCCCCUUAGGGUCCCAUCCGAUAACCACCACUGUGAGCCCCACUGCCAGUGGCAUCACAGAGGAAGUCACAGACUCCAUGAUGGACGCUUACUCUACUUCUCUCACUGAUAGCACCACCUACUCCAGUGAUGCUUAUUCUACUGACUACCACACGGAGGCCAUGGUUCCUCCUGGGGUGGGCCCUGGGAACUACACGUUGGACUACAAUGAGUGCUUUUUCAACUUCUGUGAAUGUUGUCCACCAGAGAGAGGUCCUCCAGGACUAGUGGGAGAAAAGGGAUUGCCGGGUAUUCCAGGGGAAAAGGGGGAGAUAGGACCUCCUGGACCUCCAGGUCAGGAUGGACUCACUGGUGCUCCAGGGCCACAUGGAGGAAAAGGAGAGAAAGGUGAUCCUGGAGUGAGUGGGCUACCCGGGAUUCCCGGUGUUACCGGGAAACAAGGAGAGAAAGGUGAAAUGGGCCUCAAAGGAGACAAAGGAGAUACAGGUUUAAUGGGGCUGAAAGGAGACCCAGGGGACAGGGGAGAGCCUGGCUGGAAUGGAACAAAGGGAGAGGUGGGCGAGCCUGGCAUACAAGGAGCAGCUGGCCCCCCCGGACCAGAUGGCACCAAGGGGGAGAAGGGUGACAAAGGAGACUGUCCAUUUGGAGAGAAAGGACAGAAAGGCAGUAUGGGGGAGCCAGGGCCUCAAGGGCCAAAAGGAGACAUGGGUGUGCCAGGUCUGAAUGGCACAGAUGGGCUUCCUGGGGCUAAGGGGCCGAAGGGAGAUCCAGGACCCCAAGGUAAACAGGGAGAGCCUGGUCCUCCAGGACCCCAUGGACCACCAGGGCAGAGGGGGAUGCCAGGGAUGAAAGGCACACGAGGCCUGAAGGGAGCACGAGGUGUUAGGGGAUUCAAGGGCCUUAAAGGUGAACCUGCCGUUCAGAAGCGCUCAGCCUUCAGCGUUGGUCUCUUUCCCAGCCGAUCGUUCCCACCACCUGGCCUGCCGAUCAAGUUUGAUAAAAUCAUUUACAAUGAGGAGGGUCACUGGGACCCCCACGCUAGUAAGUUCAACUGCACUCAUGGGGGAGUUUAUGUCUUUUCUUACUACAUAACAGUGCGUAAUCGCCCCCUACGCGCAGCCCUGGUGGUGAAUGGCAUUCGGAAACUGCGAACUCGUGACUCCCUUUACGGCCAGGACAUUGACCAGGCCUCCAACAUGGCAGUGCUGCGUCUAUCAUCUGGAGACCAGGUAUGGCUGGAGACUCUGCGGGACUGGAACGGUGUUUAUUCCAGUAGCGAGGACGACAGCACAUUCUCUGGAUUCCUGCUCUAUGCUGAUGCCACCAAAGACUGAUGGCCAGGAAUUGCUCUUACCUCUGGAAGAACCAUUUUAGACCAGUACUUCAUUUUGUAGGGUAAAGCGAAAGCCGCCUAUAUUAUCCAAAGUACUUGAGACCUGAAUUUUAGAUCUGUCUACUAACAGUAACUGUACAGCCACUAAUUAUUAUGCUACCUGUUUCAUUGCCAGAACAAUCAAUGCUGGAUUGUGCUUUAAAUUUUUUAUAAGCUGAUGAUUUGUGGCAGCUAUGUUGUAGCUCUUUACAUAUUUAUACAAAAUAGCCAGCAGCUUAUACAAUAAAAUAACAAUGCUUUA